CCUGCCCCCCUCCGGAUCGAUACACACGGAUUCAACUUGGCGCAGCCAACUUCGGGGCGAACCGAUCAUCCCCGAUCUUCAUUGCCGAGUGACACGCUGCGGGCACUCGCUCCGUUCCUCUUUACUCUUAACAAAGUACUCGAAAAGGGGGGCCCUGAAGAGCAGGCAUGGAUUACGCGCGAAAGAUCGGGAAAUCGGACGAGCCGAAGAAAUGGGUGAAACAGUUCACAACGAUCGUCUCGACCAGGGACGGGUUCAUAACGCCCGAGGAGGAGAUCAAGGAGGACCCCCGGCUGGUGAACUGGAAGACAUGGUUGGAGAGGCGGAAGAAGCAGUACAUGCACACAAGAAUCAGGAUGAAUCGGCACCAGGUCGAUCAGAUACAGAAUUAUUCCUGCGAGCUUAUACGGCCGAUGGUCGAGAUGAGGAAUCUGAUUGAUUGCGCCUCGCUGCCGGUCCCCGUCGUGCCCGACAAGUACCGCGGGGGUCCGGAGUUCUGGAAGGUGGCCGAGAAGUUGCCCUCGGCCCCCUGUUUGCCGGACAUCCACUUCGCUCUGACGAAAAAGGACAUGAACAUCGCCCCGGAAUUGACUUACGUCGGUUUACCGGCGUUGAUCGAGGAGGAGAAGAACCUCGUUUGCGUCUCGACCAAGAAGUCGUUGUGGAAGCGUAGCCAGUACCUGAUGAAACGUAGGAAGGAGUUGUCCAGGGAGAUAGGGAUGCUAAUCACGAGGGAGCCGUACACCAGGGAGCUGGUGAUCAACAACCACCCGAGGCCGAAGGAAGAGGCGGUACCGAAACUUCCCACGAUCACCGUCUACGCUUGCGACGAGGUGAUAAGGGAGGAGGACGAGGACAAGAAGGAGGAGGAGGAGGAGGUGAAAGAGGAGAAGUGCACUCCCUGCGAGGAGUGCUACCUGGAGCAAGCGAUCGUGCUCAAGAUCCAGGAUCGGGAGAUCUCGAUGGGCGGCGAUGGGGCGUGUCGGGGGGCGGAGGGGGAUCCGAUCGUGUGGAGCGUGACGUUCCGGGGCAGGUUGAACAGGAGGGUGGAGAAGGACAUCGUGUUCGAGAACAAGGGGAACAGGGUGAUCGUGUACGAGUGGAGGGAGGCCGAUUACCGGCCGAGGUUGUUCCCCCUCAGGAAGUCCCCGGUAACGUGCUUCUACUUCAACAAGACGAAAGGGGUGAUCCUGCCUGGCCAGAUAAACAAGCUGCAGGUGUGGUACCUUCCGCGCGAGCCGCGCGUCUCCACCGAGUUCUGGAGGUUGAUAACCAGCCCCGUCCUCUCCCACUCGCCCCUCAUCUUCAGGCUUUGGGGCUGCGCGGGUAGCGAGCCGAGCGACUCGUGCAGGAUGAUCGAGGAGUACAUCGCUCGUUCCAUAAGGAACGACGCGAUACGGUCGAUAAUAAACGACGUAGUGGAGAACAUAUUCCUGCACAAGAGGCCCGAGCCGGCUUACGGGAAUCUGUUCCUCGAGUCGGAACUGUUCGCCGCCAAGAACCCGACGUGCUACUACACGCCGAGCAUCGUCACGGACUUCCACCACCUCUACUCGCUCGCGACGAAUCAGAACAAGUAUCGGUGGAACAUGUCGUUGCUCGAGAUGCGGGAGACCAUGCUGAGGAUCCAGCCGCCCGAGUACAGGGACAUGGUGCUGGCCGAGUUCGGCAAAUUGUACAAACAGGCGUUGGCCUACACGCUUUACGAGAGGGUCUCGUCCAACAAGCACGAGAUCGUGUACAAUUUGUUGUGCUCGUUCUUCAAUCUGUUCGAGGGGGAGAGCGAGUUCGCGAGGGGCGCUUAUUUCAGGAAGGAGAGGGGUCCUCUGCCGCUCGUCUGCGUGGAGGCGGCGCACGCGGACGCGGAGUAUCGCCGGGUGUCGAACAAGGUUAAUCGGCCCAGGCGGAAGAGGGGGUCGCGGAGUCAGGCGGCGGGCGAGUCGGUCACGGAGACGGUCGCGGAGACGGUCGCGGAGAUGGCCGCCGUGGGUCUUUAUCCCACCAAUGAAUAUCUUUACAAGCAGACGUUUUUCAUUCGCGUCUACAACCUUCUGGGGGACACGUUGGUCAGGAUAUUCGCGUCGAUCGAGUCGUACAACAAUUUGAACGAGCGUCACAAGUGAUGAUGUAAAUAAAUAAACGGGAACAAUGUUUCUCUUGUCUUGUCCACGGUCGUUCCAUCCUCUCCUGGAGGUUGAAAUCGAUUUCCACAAGGAUAUAUAUAUAUAUAUAUAUGUAUAAGAUAGUUGAAAGAGGCUGGAGAGUAAUGUUUUUAAUUUUAAUCAAUUAGAUAAUG